AUGGCCCUUCGGGACCAGUCUGUACUCGGUGACAUCGCUCAGGAUGAGAUCCAAACCCCUUCGCCACAGAAGCACUCCGGGAAUAGAACAAUAUACAUUUCAAGGAACGAUUGCGGCCUUGAUGCAAAUAAUAUUGGAAGGCUGGUAAUCACUGACUUUGGUCUGUCUGUUGACGGGAGCAAAUCUCCUUAUAAACACACUAUUCAACCGAAUGGUUUCCGAGCCCCGAGGUUAUUUUCGGAGCAGGCUGGGAUUAUAAAUCAUUUAGCGGCCAUGAUUUCCUUGAUUGGCCCUCCUCCACAAGAUGUUUUGAAGCGAGGAAAUUACUGUUCGCGAUAUUUCAAUGACGAGGGUCAAUUCAAACUUCACGAUCUCAUCACGCGACCAGGAGGGCUUGAAAAUAAGCUUAACGUCACCGAAGGAGACGAGAAGAGGAUGUUUAUUGGUUUCAUCUCAAAAAUGCUUCGUUGGCGGCCAGAAGACAGAGCAACUGCAGAGGAUCUCUUUUCUGACCCUUGGCUACAACUGUAG